AUAUUUUUCUUUCUUACUAAUGCAGACUACUGGAUAAAGCCUGGGGACCAUGUGACAAUGGAAGCAUCUUGUCAGGACUGUUACCUGAGAAUCCAGAGCAUCAAUAUUCUGAAUUUGGAACAUGAAAUGGAAGUUAUAAAAAAUUUUACCAAGAGUGAAGACUUGCUCUCUCUAGGGAAUGAGGCUGAGCUCUGCAGUGCUCUAGCUAACCUUCAGACCAGUAGAGCAGAUGCUCUGGAGCAGACCUGUGUGUUAGAACCUACAGAGAUUGCUUUGCUCAAUAAUAUUCCAUAUCAUGAAGGCUUUAAGAUGGCGAUGAGGAAGGUGUUGUCUUCACUGGCCCCAGAGAAGCUGUGGCAGCCUGUGGAUCCUCCUGGUCAGGAUACUGAGAUGAACUCUGGAAGUGGACAGAGCUCAAUUGCGCCGAGCACCUCUGACCCUUUCUAUGUGUUGGAUGUGUCUGAAGGCUUCUCUCUUUUGCCUAUAAUUGCUGGAACACUUGGUGAGGUUAAGCCCUAUAGUUCUGUGGAGAAAGACCAGCAUUGUGUCACUUUGGACCUCAUAUCUGAAGCCAAUCACUUCCCUAAGGAAACACUUGAGUUUUGGCUGAGACAUAUAGAGGAUGAAGCUGCUGUGUUGCAAAGGCCCAAAUCAGACAAAUUGUGGAGCAUAAUUAUAUUAGAUGUCAUUGAGCCAUCUGGGCUCAUUCAGCAGGAAAUAAUGGAAAAAGCUGCAAUAUCCAGGUGUUUGUUGCAGUCUGGAGGCAAGAUCUUCCCCCAGUAUGUGUUAAUGUUCGGGAUGCUCGUGGAGUCACAGACACUGGUAGAAGAGAGUGCUGUUCAAGGAACAGAGCAUACUCUCGGGUUAAACAUAGCACCUUUUAUUAACCAGUUUCAGGUGCCUAUCCGUGUAUUUCUGGAUUUAUCUUCAUUGCCAUGUAUCCCUUUAAGCCAGCCAGUGGAACUCUUAAGAUUAGAUCUAAUGACUCCGUAUUUGAACACUUCCAAUAGAGAAGUAAAGGUUCGCAUUUGUAGAUCUGGACAAGUGACCGCUGUCCCAUUUUGGUUUCAUUUGUGCCUUGAUGAUGAAGUCAGGCUGGACACCUCAGGCGAAGCCUCCCACUGGAAACAAGCUGCCGUGGUCCUGGAAAAUCCCAUCCGGGUGCAAGUGGGGGAGGAGCUUGUGCUCAGUGUUGAGCAUCACAAAAGCAAUGUCAGCAUCACAGUGAAGCAGUCAUGGUGCUUGGUUGCAGUGAUAGAAACCCUAACUAAGACAAUCAUGGCAGGCAUGGUGCUGGAGAAGGAGUUGAAAGUUCUGCAUUCUGACCCAUAGCAGCAGGAAGAGUGAGUGAACCACUGGGUCUGGCUUGAGCUUCUGAAACCUCAAAACCCAUGCCCAGUGACACACUUCUGUAGAUGUAACCAACCGUCUUAUUAAAAAAGAAACACAGAGCCAAUACAGAGAUGAAAGCCAAGAGGUCAGAGCAAUAGCUAAGAGCUAAAAACCUUACCCUUCACUGUCGCUGUUGUUGUGCCUCUCCGAAAGAGACCUACUUCCUGUGUGUCUGUCUUUUUAUAGUGUUUCUGUUCUGCCUUCUCAUUGGUUGUAAACCCAACCACAUGACCGCUUCAUCACUGCCUGUCUAUACAGGCCUCCAGGUCUUCUAUGGUUGGUAUUGAGAUUAAAGGCAUGUGUCCCCAAUGCUGGCUGUAUCCUUGAACACACAGAGAUCUACCUAGCUCUGCCUACCAAGUGCUGGGAUUAAAGGUUUGCACCACCACUGCCCAGCUUUCGCUAUGGCUUGCUUUAUUUAUAAACUUUAUUUAUUAACACACAAGUCACAUUUCAGUACAAAUAAAAUAUCACCACACUUCCUCCAAUAAGUCUGCACCCACUCCAACAAGGCCACAUCUCCUAAUUCUUUCAAAUAAUGCCACUCCCUAUGAGUCUAUGGGGUCCAUUUUCAUUCACAUCAGCAGACUGGGGACAGUAGUCUGAGAUGGAAGUUACUGUCUUUCAGACCUUGAAAUACUUCAUUCUUAACUCUCCUCUUUUAUAAUUUGUUAAGGAAUGUGCUAUUUUGAUGAGUCAGUCUUUAUAAUGUGACUUUUUUCUUUUGCAACUGUGUAUUUUUAGUGUUUUGAUACUAAGAUAACAUGGGAGGUUUGGUAUUCUAAAUGCCUCCAGUACCUGUAUGAGCAUCUUAGAUAUGGUGCAGUUUCUUGGGGCAAUUUAUAGAAAAUUUUCCUGCACCUUUGACAUGAAACUUAAUCUGUCCGUGAUUCAUAGAUUUGGUGCUUUCAUAGUUCCUCAUGACUCCUGCAUGUUUCAAGUGUGCACACCCACACGCACACACGCAUGCACAUGUACACACAUAUAUUUGGUUUCUCAAGAAAGGAUUUCUUUGUGUAGCCUUGGCUGUCCUGGAACUAGCCCUGUAGUCGAGGCUGGCCUCAAACUCACAGAGAUCUGCCUGCCUCUGCCUCUGAGUACUGAGAUUAAAGUGCUGGGAUUAAAGGCAACACCACCACUGCCCAGCCCAGGCAUAUUUUUUAAAUUAAUGUAUCUUUGUUAAUGAACAUCCAAUUCCUCAUUGUCCUCAAGCUUUGAUAUUCUUGUCCUCUGCAUGGUCCUUUGUGUUGCUGAAUCUUUCCACGGAUCUCUAUUUGAAUUAUUGGAAUUUUCAUUUCCGUUUGUUUGGUCUUUCUUCAGUGUCUUUUACUAGUUUCCAUUUCCAUAUCUUAUGCUGACCUCCUUCUUUCAUUCACUCUGCAUGUUCUCUUGGAAUUCAGGAGUUCGUGUCUUCUUAUUUUUUAAUGUAUUUAUAAUCAUCUUUUGAUUCUUGAGAUUUCAUUAAUGUGCUCUCACCAGAUGUGGUUACUGUGAGUUUGGUAGGUUUCACACAGCUGUAUUGUCUUGGUAUUCCAGUUUCCUGUGCUUUUGCCCUGAACUUAAACCUCUGUUGUUAGGUUGUUGGCUGAUGGGGCUGGAGACUUGACUCAGCAGCUAAGAGCACUGGCUGUUCUUGCAGAGGACUCGAGUUCGAAUCCUAGCACCUACAUGGCAGCUCACAACAGUUCUAGUUCCCAAGGAUCUGAUGCACAAUUCUGGCUUCCAUGGGCACCAGGCAUGCACACUGGUGCAUAGACUUACACGCAGGCGAGACAUCCAUACACACAAAAAGUAAAGUACUAACUGGGAGAUGGCCUAGGAAUUAAGAACAUGUGUUGCUCUUGCAGAGGACCUGAGUUUGGUUCCCAGCACCUGUUUAUAGCUCACAGCCAUCUGUAACUCUAGUUCUGGGGGAUCUGACCCCCUCUUCAGAUCUCAGGCACCAAGCACACAGGUGGUACACAGAUGUACACUUAGGAGAAAUUUUUUAAAAUUACGUUGUGGGGGGCCAUCACCCACCCCCACCCCCCCACUUCCACAGAGUACUCUUGAGUAGAAGCAGCAGGAAAUAGUAGAUAGAAGUAAAGAGGGGAGAGAAACAGAAAAUACAAGAUAGCCUCAGGAGGGCCUGGAUCCUAAUCCAUCGGGGCCUGACUGUCUCUGCCCCAGGGAUUUUAAAGGAACACCAAGGGGCGGAGCAAAAGACCUCCCCCGAGCACAGCCAAGUGCAGACCAUCUCAGAUACCUGGUACUUGGGCCCGUGGUCCAGUCAUCCUCUUUAUGCAGACCUGCUGGAUAAAGCCUAAAUGGGCUCCAAUAUUACAUCACCUUUAUUCUUUCAGUGAAAGUGUUGCAGUGUUAGAGGGAUAAGGAUGUGGUUGAGGUGUUGUUUUCUUCUGCUAGAUUGCUGUCCCUGGCCUGGUCCCCAGUUCUCCUCUGACAACAGUGUCUGCUACAAUAAAUGCUAUCAAGGGUAGGUCAACUGUGAAAAUACUGUCACGGCCACAUGAAAAUGAGCCAUCCCUUACACGCUCUUUCAGGAAGUCAAGGAGCACUGCUCGUACCUUGGACACCAGGUAUGAGGGGAAGGAGGGAGAGUGAGACUAGUGUUUAGUGUUAGUGCAGCGGAGAAGUCGGAGAGGAGUAAGGAGCAUGAGACGGGAGAUACACAGAUCAGAUAACACAGCAGCCCGGCUCUUAGGAGGCUGACACAGACCCCACCAACCAGCGGAGCCUGGGUGCUUUGAGAAAGGAACAAAGAGUAGCUCUAGAACAACAAACUGACAGGAUAAAUGUGAAAGUGCUGGAUGGUAACCAUAUGAAAGCCGUCUGUCCUGUUGUCGGGAUUCAGUCUCAAGUCUAGGCACGUUUGCCGUGGUUUCCAGAAGCCUGACAUGCUCUUAGGUAUUUCACGGCUAGGACUUAGCUAUUGGUCACAGUGCCCUGGGUGUCGUUCCCACCGCCCCCAAGGAUCUCGUUUGGAAUGCUGUUCCUGCUUCUGGGCUUCCCUUUUGCAGGCUGGGUUACAGACGCUGAGGUCUCACCUCUAGUUAAGCCUCCAGGAAGCUGUUGGCCAAUGUCGACCCUGCUGUUGUGUGUCCAGUGUCCAGCAUGCUGUUUAGAGCUUGUGUCUAAGCUCCCCCAGCAGACUCUGGCUCUAUCCUGGUCUCCAGGUCACUGAAUCCAGUGAGUUUUUGUUUCAAAGACUUCCAUAGUCUAGAAGUAUUCUACUGGCCAGGUUUUCAGUAUGACUGACAGUUGAUGAAUUUCCUCAAGAGUAUGGUUCACUGCGUGUCUUGGGUUGCAGAGACACAGAGGCAGCAGGGGCCUUAAUUUGAGGUAACCCUGCAGCUGCUGAUCAUGCCCAAUCUUCACAUUGUACUGGGCUGGGGCUGCACUAAAAUCGACAAGGAAGCGAGCCUUGAUGUGGGACCUGGCUGGAGCCAAGUGCUCAGCUCUCAGUGCAGACAGAGUGAAGGUCUGGAGGGACGCAGUCCUGUGGUGUGGUGGCAGGAACAUGAAGUGGCUUGUCAUAUUUUUUUUUUUUUUUUUUUUUUUUUGGUUUUUCGAGACAGGGUUUCUCUGUGUAGCUUUGCGCCUUUCCUGGAACUCACUUGGUAGCCCAGGCUGGCCUCGAACUCACAGAGAUCCGCCUGGCUCUGCCUCCCAAGUGCUGGGAUUAAAGGCGUGCGCCACCACCGCCCGGCUGUGGCUUGUCAUAUUAUGUCCACAGUCAGGAAGGAGCAGACAGCACUUGCUGGCCACUUUUGUCUGCUUUAUUGAAAUGUUUGUUCAGGAUUUUCCUCAUUUGUAGCAGGGAUGCUCUGUUACCGAGCUGUAUGAGUUCUUUAUAGGUAUUAGCUUCUUUUAAGCUAGAUAUUGUUUGCAAGUCUUUUUCCCAGUAGGUAGGCUGCUGCUUGAGGUCACUGAUAUUUUUCCUUUGCUCUGUAGAAGGUUUUGAUGGAUAUAGUUGUUCUAUCCUUAGGGGAGCUCUAGAUAUGGCAAGUAAAACAGUGUAGGUGUUUUGUGUGGAAAGCAAAGACGAGAAAAGGUCGGUGUCCAGCACAAAUGCCAUCUUCCCAGGGCUUUGUGACCUAGGGCUGUUUGAAUCUGUGGGUGCACAGGUGUCAUCUGUUGUAGAAUGUGGCAGAUCAAGUCCUGCUCACUCAUGUUUUGUUUUUGUGGGCUAAACUUAUGGUGUGAUAUUUUAACUUUUUUGAGAAUAUAAUUACAACAUUUCUCCAUUUCCUUUCCUACUCGCAAAGUCUCCCAUAUAUCCCUCCCUGCUCUCCUUCAAAUUCAUGGCCUCUUUUCUCAUUGUUAUUACAUGCAUAUAUGUACACAUAUAUAUUCCUAAAUAUAAUGUGCUCGGUCUGUAUAAUGCUACCUGUAUUUAAGUUUUUAGGAGCUGAGCAUUUGGCACUAGACAACUAAUUAUUAUGCUUUUCCAUGGAAAAGACCAUCUCUCCUACUCCCAGCUUUCCUCAGUUGCCUACAGUUCUUUGUGUAGGGUUGAGGCCUGUGGGGUUUUCCCUUGGUGUUGUCCUUGUUCAGCUCACAUUUGGGCAGUCAUGUUGGUGAGACUUUAGGGGUGUAGCUUCUGACAUUACUAGGAGACACAAUCUCACAGCAAAGUCCCUGAUCCUCUGGGUCUUACAAUCUUCUUGUUCCCUCUUCUGCAAUGUGUUCCCUCUUCCACAAUGUUCCCUGAGCCUUAGGUGUGGGAGUGUUUUGUAGAUGUGUCCACUGGGACUGGGCUCCACAACUGCAUUUGGCUAUGGUUUUCUGUAAUGGUCUGUUGCAGAUAAGUUUCCUUGAUGAGGGGUAAAAACUACACUUAUCUGUGGUUAUAAGGACAGAUGUUUAUAGACUGUUGUUAGGGAUUAUGCUGGUUUAGUAAAUCAGUGGUUGUAGAUUCUCCUCCAGUAAUCACUGGCACUAAGUAGUUAGCCAGGUUUCCAGUCCCAGGCAGGUUUCCUCUUGUCGAGCAGCUCUUCAGUCCAGUUAGGCUGUUGGUUACCGCCAAGGUGUGCAUGCUGCUGUUGCGCCUUAGGGUCAUCAUGGCAUGCGGGUUGUCGAUGUGGGUCUGCCAUAGCUGGGUAGGACUUUGGAAGCUUGCAUGGUACCUUCUGGUGUGGUGUUCUGAAAGUCACUGGCAAAGCCAAUGGUUCAGGGCCUUCUCUUAGUUUUGUUACCGGUCUCACAUUUGUGUGCCUUGCACAGUGAGUUGAUUUUGGUGUCUGGUGUAAAAUAAGGGUCCGGUUUCAUUCUCUGGGAUGUGGAAUCCAGACUUCUUGGGACAAUCCCUGGAUGGAAGCUAUUUUUUCUUAGUGUGCCCACUAGGUGCUCUUGUCAGCAAUUAUUCUGACUUUCUAUUUUGUUCUACUUGUCUGGUUUUUGUUAGCGUCACACUUUUUUUCCUUUAAACAUUUUUAUUUAUGUGUUUUGCCUGUAUACAUGCCUGUGCACCAGUGUGCAUGCCUGUGCCUGAGCUGGUCAGAAGAGGGCACUAAAUUUCCCGAACUACAGUUACAAAUGGUUUUGAGUUACCAUGUUGGUGCUGGAAAUCAAUCUUGGGUCCUCUGGGAGAGCAGCCAAUGUUCUUGACCACUGAGCAAACUCUCCAGCCCACCACACUGUUGACCACUGAGGCUCUGUAACAAUUCUUUCUUGAGGUGUGGGGUAUGUGUGUGUUUCUUGCUAUGGUGCUCAGGCUAAUCUCAAACACUGGGUUCAAAUGACCCUUUUCAACCUCCUAUGCGGGAUGACAGGGGCUUGAACCAUGGCACCCAGCUUGUAUUUCAAAUCAGGAAAUGCCAUGUGUCCAAUUUUCCUCAGAAGUGGUCUGACCUUUUUAAAAAUAUUUCUAUAUGAAUUUUAGGGCUGUUCUUUGCCUGAAUCAUGCCACUAGGAUUCUGAUGACGUUACAUUGGAUCUAUAUCUUCCUGUUGGUAGUGUGGACAUUCUGAUAAGAUUUAUUCUGAGUCACAGGGUAUCCUUCCAUUUAGCUUCAUUUUCUGAUUCUUUGACCAGUGUUUUGUUUUUGUUUUUGGCCUAGACCAGACUGGGGAACUCAUCAAGUGCCGCCUGCCUCUGCUUCCUGAAUGCUGGGAUUAAAGGUGUACACCAUUAAGUCUAGCUCAAAAAUAAAAAAACAUGUGGACUUCUAAUCAAACAAUUUUUGCUAAAACAUUAAGAAUUUAUGUUUAAAGAGUAACUCACAGCCAGGUUGGUGGUAGUGCAUGCUUAUAGUCCUAGCACUCAGAUGGCACAGGCAGGCUGGUCUCUGUGAGUCAAGGCCAGCCUGGU